GCUGUGAAACUAGAACUAGAACUGAAGGAACAAAAAUUAGUCAAUUUAAAUCGAGAGCUAGAAGAAUUAAUGUUCAAUGGAAGCACGGAAGAAGAAGUAGCAAAUUUAAAGAAAUCUAAACAUCAGCUAGACAAUAAAAUCAAAGACCAGGAGGAAGAGCUGGACGACUUAGCAGGCCAAGUACAAAUGUUAGAGCAAGCCAAAUUAAAGUUAGAGAUGAGUUUAGAACAAAUGAGGAAGGAACACCGAAGAGAAUUGAUGCAGAAAGACGAUGAAAUAGAAGAUGCUAGAUGUAGUGCUGUGAAAAAAGUUAAAGGUUAGUCGUGCACAGCAGUAACUU